ACCGAUCCAUCCCCAAUCACUUUAACUACUUCCAGUUGCUGGGAAGAUCACAUCUUCAGGUCGUGAUUACUUACCUACUCUACUUGCUUCUUCCAUCUCCUAACCCAUUUUCCCUAAGCAAUCUUCCUUAUCUACCUUGUCUCCUUUCUCUCUCUUCCACAUUUACCAACAUCUCCUUUUCUACUUCCCUCUCUCUUCUCCCAUAACCUUUCAUGAUGACUUCUGAGCGUGAGAACAAGACUUUCCUCGCAAGGCUCUGCGAGCAGGCCGAGCGCUACGAUGAGAUGGUUACCUACAUGAAGGAAGUCGCCAAGAUUGGAGGCGAACUUUCCGUCGAUGAGCGUAACCUCCUCUCCGUCGCCUACAAGAACGUGGUCGGUACCCGCCGUGCCUCCUGGCGUAUCAUCUCCUCCAUCGAGCAGAAGGAGGAAUCCAAGGGCUCCGAGCAGCACGUUACCAUUAUCCGUGACUACCGCCAGAAGAUUGAGACCGAGCUGGAGAAGGUCUGCCAGGAUGUCCUUGACGUUCUGGACGAGUCCCUCAUCCCCAAGGCCGAAACUGGCGAGUCCAAGGUCUUCUACUACAAGAUGAAGGGCGACUACCACCGUUACCUCGCUGAGUUUGCUUCUGGCAACAAGCGCAAGGUUGCUGCUACCGCCGCCCAUGAGGCUUACAAGAACGCCACCGAUGUUGCCCAGACUGACCUGACCCCUACCCACCCCAUCCGUCUUGGUCUCGCUCUGAACUUCUCUGUUUUCUACUACGAGAUUCUGAACUCACCCGACCGUGCCUGCCACCUUGCCAAGCAGGCUUUCGACGAUGCCAUUGCUGAGCUCGACUCUCUUUCCGAGGAGAGCUACCGUGACAGCACCCUGAUCAUGCAGCUGCUGCGUGAUAACCUCACUCUGUGGACCUCUUCUGACGGCAACGAGGCUGAGGGUGCCCCUGCUAAGGAGGACAAGACCGAGGAGGAACCCACCCCCGCUCCCGAAGAGAAGGCUGAGGAGGCCAAGCCUGCUCCUGCCGAGUCUUAAACGGGCGGCUCUCGGGGGUUUCCUUUGUUGUAUCAAAAGCCGUGUUGUGUCACUCGGCGUGUCUAUUGGUGCCUGCAAGUCC